UCUACCCUUUUUCUCUCCUUAUAUAGAGAGCACACCCACUCUCUCCAAUUCAUAUCAAAUACACAAACUUCUGAAAUAUAUUCAUAAACUGUCCAAUUCAGAUCAAGACUUGAGAGGUGAUACUCAAGAUCUGAGAUUAAAUCUCGUUUACAUUAUUUGUCCUUCUAUCCUAUACGCUAAAAAUAUAAAUCGAAGAUGGAUAUUGCUGCUUCAGAAUGGAGUAAUGGGUGUGAAUCAGGGUGGACCGUCUACUUAGAAGAGUCAUACAUACCAAGAACAAAAAAUAUUGGUGAUUACCAUCAAAGCUAUAGAUUAAAUUCGACUCGAAACAACGAAGAUGAUGGUGUAGAGGACUUAUCUAUGGUGUCUGAUGCAUCCUCUGGUCCUCCACAUUUUCUUCUUCAAGAAGAUGAACACCAAUCGUACACUCGAAAAUCGUCGAAAAAAAUUGAUAAGAGAUCAAAGAAGUCGAGCAAAGACAAUAAGAAAGCUACUAGUAAACAACAUUAUCAUCUUGAUGACACUGCUAGCUCUCCUGCCAUUACGCAUUCUAAGUUAUAUGAUAAUUCCUCUACUAUGGACCUCUCAGAAAAUUUCUCAGCAAGCCACUAUCAGGGAAAUUCUUCAUACAGUAAUCACUAUGGUUCUUUUUGGCAGUCUUCUCAUAUAGAUGAUACAUAUAAUUUUACACAGCCUGGUCAGUUAAGAAGAAGGUGGGAAUGAGAGAAUGAAAAAAGCCAUGAUGAGCAACAAAAUUAAUUAAUUUAUUAAUUCCCUCAAAAAGUAAUUAAUUAAUUUAAUCUACUCUCUCAAAGAGGGAGAGAUUAAGAAAAUGUAGUAGAUGUUGAAAGAAAGAGGUGUUAUUAAUUAAAGAUCUUAGUAGAUA